AUGACGGAAGACGUCGGCACUAACCCGACCCUACGAGGCCACAAGCUCCUCCUGCUCGUCCCCUUUGAGAUCCCCCAGUCGUGGAUCGACCACCUAAACUCCAGAUUCCCCCAUCUCAGCGUCGUAUCCAAGGUCACGGAUUUCCAGCACCAGGACCCCGACGAUGCUCUCCCCGAGGGUGUCAAGUGGGAGGAUGUCACUGUUCUCGUCACAGGAAGCACCAUCCCGCACAUCGGACAGGCUCCCCGCCUCAAGGUCGUCCAGCUUCUCAGUGCGGGAUCCAACCAUGUACUUGGCAGGCCUCUCUUCCAAGACGACCCCAAGGUGGCUCUCUGUACCGCCAAUGGCGUACACGGACCACAGAUAGCCGAGUGGAUCAUCACGACAUACCUGCUGCACCAGCACAACAUCGCCCACUAUCUUGACCUGCAGAAGCAGCAGACCUGGGCCCCGGGAGACCAUCUGCCCCAGGACACCGUCAGCAGCCGAGUUGGAAUCCUCGGCUACGGCGCCAUCGGCCGUCAGGUCGCUCGCGUAGCCAAGGCGAUGGGCAUCGACGUCCACGCCUACACCCUCCACCCCAAGAACACGCCCGAGGAGCGCCGCGACGACACGUACACCCCCCCGGGGCUCGGCGACGUCGAGGGCAACCUCCCCUCCAGGUGGUUCUCCGGCGGCUCGAAGGAGGACCUGCACACCUUUCUGUCCUCCGGGCUGGAUCUGCUCGUCGUCGCUGUGCCGCUCACGGCCAAGACGACCCAUCUCAUCGGCCGCGAGGAAUUCGAAGCUCUCUCGGCCAAGAAGACGUUCGUCACCAACAUCGCCCGCGGGCCCGUGGUCCACACCGACUCGCUCAUCGAUGCGCUCGACAAGGGUGUCAUCAGGGGUGCUGCCCUCGACGUGACCGACCCGGAACCCCUUCCCGACGGCCACCCGCUGUGGAGUGCCAAGAACGUCAUCAUCACGCCGCACAUCAGUGGGAGGUCGUCGGCCUACCAGCACAGGAUCCAGGAUAUUCUCGAGCUGAACCUCUCACGUCUGAGCGAGGACAGGCCAUUUGUCAACCGGGUCAAUCUUGGCCAAGGGUAUUAG